CCCUGCGUAGAGAGGGAGAGAGAGAGAGAGAGGGAGCGACCCCCACCCCACCCCACCGUUCUCUCUCCUCUUUCCUGACAAGAACCAAAUUUCCCCCGAUCUUUCUGACGAUUUUCCCCACAAUCUCUACGCUUUUUUUGGUUGAAACAAAAAUUCAGCAUUGGAAAGGCUCCAUUGCAUCAUUGGCAGCACCAACGUUCCAUUGUUUUACCAUCUGAGCAUUGUCGUCAAAUCAAGAUUCAAACUUUUCUUGGUGCUGCAAUCAGGCAUUGGCGUCAAAUCAAGAUUCAACAUUUGCUCCCAUCACCAAAUCAAGAUUCAGCAGUGCAGUUUUGGGUGCCUUUGAAGAGCAUUGAGGAAUCAACUUUGAUGUGAAUUUUUUUGAUGCACAUUGAUCAUCCAUGGCUGCGAAAACCCGUGCGAGAUCCCAGGACUUCUGGAAACGAUUCUGGUCCAUGCUCUCGUAUGCUUGCAGUGAGCUUUGCGUGAUCAUCUUGCUCCACGUGGCUGCUGGAGCAUCCUACCUGGCGACCAGGUUGGCGCGCAUCAACAAGCUCAGGAUGCCAUGCAUCCUCUGCUCAAGAAUGGAUCAUGCCCUCCAUGGGAAGGCCUGGUUCUCUUCAGAUUUGGUCUGUGCUGUUCAUAGGUCAGAGGUAUCAUCUUUGGCAUACUGCAGUAGCCACAACAAUCUUGCACACUGUGAUGAUCUCUGCAAGAGAUGCAGUGCACCAAUGGAUGAUGUGGUUGACACGAGGAGAUCGAGGUCCAGACGGCUGUGUUCUUGCUGUUCAGAGCCAUUCAACAAGGUGCAGAAUGCGCAUAGGGUUUCUGAAACCGCAAGUGCUGUGAGGUCUUCAGAUACUGUUCAUGGUUCGGAGGAGAUCAAUCGGGAACAAAUGCCUGCAGAUCAUUCAAAAGACAAGACUUUUGUUGUGGGUAUUGAGGAAGUCAAUGAAUCUGAUGGUUCACCAGUCAGACAAGAACAAUCUACAAAGAACAGUGGUGCCUCUGGAAAUGCUGGGACUGCAAAGCCAGCACUCAGUGGAUCUACUGCGCCUACGCGCAUUUUUGUCGAUCGCAGCAGUACUUUCAUUGGUAGGGCCAAUCUCACAUCACCUCGGCCAUCUGAAAUAAUUUCUGCCAAGGACAACAAUUCAACCACUCAACAAGAAGUGAAGGCAUUCCUUUCACAGAUGUCUAUUGCAAGGGGCCUUGACAGUUCUUGGAGUGAUGGAGCUCCUAGCCCUGGAAUCAGUGCUCAAAACGACGAAAGCAGUGCUAAUGGCAGGAGGCCAUCCCUAGAGAGAAAUUACUCUGUGAUAGAACCAUCGGAUGCAAACCUCUCUGAUGAGGUUGAAGGAGAGAGCUCUCUUGAGAAUCUGAAGCGGCUUCUUGAGCUCAACAAGAAGUCAAUGGGUGCUCUUUACAAAGAGCUUGAAGAAGAACGGAGUGCCUCGGCAAUCGCAGCUAGCCAGGCAAUGGCCAUGAUCAAUAAGUUGCAUGAGGAAAAGGCUGCAAUGCAGAUGGAGGCACUGCAAUACCUGAGGAUGAUGGAAGAGCAGGCUGAUCAUGACCAUGAAGCAAUACAGAAUCUGCAUGACCUGCUCACGGAGAGAGAGAAAGAAUUGCUUGACAUGGAUGCAGAACUUGAGAACUUCAGAAGGCUACUCCAGAGUGAGCAAUUCAAUGGCAGAAAACUCGAUGCUGCUGAUGGCAUUACAAAUGAAAGAGAUGUCCCAUUUGAAGUCUUGAAUGGUUUGGGUUUCAUGAGGAGCACUAUGUCGGGUUUCGAAGAUGAAAUGGCAUAUAUUUUGGAAUCCAUAAGCAGUUUGGAGGAAAAGCUCUGUGUUCCCAGAAACAGACUUGCUUCUGAUGAUGCCAAAGAUAAUAAAGAGGAAUUGACAGGAGAACAAUCAGGGGCUAAUUGUGAGGGCUCGACCAUGCGUCAGGAACACCCAAGUGGUGAAUCAACUUCUGAUCAGCAAGAUGAUGGAAACCAAUCUGUUCAGAACCACAAGGAUAACUGUUCCUGUUCUCCUUCAAAGACUGGAAAAAUGGGUGAUGUGAAAAAUCUUAAGGAUGAAGUCUCACUAUUGUAUACAAGAUUGAAGGCACUUGAAGCUGAUCAGGAGUUUCUUAAGCAUGUAUUAAGUUCUCUAAAGUGUAGCCCUGAUGGACUGCAGUGUGUACAGGAGAUAGCCAGCCAUUUGCUAGAGUUGAGAAGGAUGACAACUCAAUGAAGAGAGUCGGUUUUCCCUUGAUUUCACAGAUUUGGUCAUGAGCUCUUCUCAUGUAGUGUCCCUUCAUGGUAUACUUCUGGUUAGUGCACGUGGUGGAUUCAGUGCUGCACUGAAGAGGCCUGAAGAUCGAUGUCGGUGCAAGAUCAUUUGAAAUGCCCAUGGACAAAAGAAUUCCAUCUCUUGCACUGAUCUUCAAGUUUUCAUUGAGCUGACUGGCCCCCUGUUGCUGUUCUUCUGUCACUGCUUCAGCAAAUCGCUGGAACAGACAAAAGCAUCUCCUGUGUAUCGAUGUGAUGGCUGUUCAUGUUAGGAGCAAGUUUGUAAUCGUAGAUUUAACUAAUGAUUGCGGUUCUUGCAAAGAGGAGUUAACUAGUAGAAUACACCAUGUUCAUAUCAAAUUAAUCGAUGUGACCUUGCUUCAGAAAUGCAAGGUUUUCUGCCUCAUCUAAUUAAUUUUCUCCGUACAUUUGGUUUUUUCCCAGCACUGCAGAUUGUCUGAUGCCUGAUGAGUGAACUGUAACUGAGAUUUUAUUGUGCUAUUUUUCCGGCAUGUAUGAGUGGCCAGCUGCUUUCACAUGAACACGUAGCGUGCCACUCGCA